AUGCCUCAGCUGAGUGCUGGCGAUGUGUGGAAUAAAGGGAAUACGUUCAGAGGAGGACAGGAUGGAAGGGUGGAGGAGGAGAGGGAGAUGUUGGUUGGAAUGAUGAGCAGAGGGAAAGGGGUGGAGGAGAGGGCCGAAAGAGAGCAGAGAUGGAUAAGACUGCAUUGGAGAAACUGGCCGAAAUGGAGUCAAUGUCUUGUUCCAAUAGCUGCCGUGUGGCUGGUUCUUCUAGAAGAGUCUCCUCUGCACCCAUCCGUCAGUCUGACUCAAGCUGGAGGUCGACUGCUCCUCUUUGGGCUGCUAUGUGCUGUCAUGGGUCUUUGUGCUUUAGCCUUCAAGUUUCUUCACCGUAAUGGACAGAAACGAAAGCAGGUGCUCUUGCAAAAUGGUUCUGUAAUAGAAAAAGUCAAAAAAAUAGCUGGAAGCCUACAGACAUGCAUUACAGCAGAGCAGGAUGCAGGUCAUCUCACAGCCAGUGUUAAUGUUCUGGCUGAUGGUUUAGUGGUUUCCCUCCUUCACGAGCCCCUGCCAGACCCCAGCGAGCCCCACAUGCAAGGUCUUCUCACCAGACUGCAGGCAGUGUCACGGGUUUUCCACAAGGGGGCCAUAGUAGAAGAGAAGGAUGGAAAGGAGAAAUGUGCACUUCAAGACAGAGUCAACCAUAUAAACUCUUACCUGCAGGAGAGGAUGAGUUGUGUGCGCUCUCUGCUGCAGGUUCAGCAUGAGUGUGACGUGAGUGUGUGUGAUGUUCAGACUGGUCUGCAGAAGCGCUGGUCUUUACUGGAGGAGUUACACACCAGAGUGACUUUGAGUCCUGACAGCACACAGCAAAGAGACGACACUCACACUGCUCUCACAGACACUGAGAAUCUAUUCACAGAACUCGGUCAGUUCAAAAGUAAAAUUCAACAGUGUCGGAUGCAGCUGGAGACCAGUAUACAGCUUUUACAGGCACUUCGCAGCAGUCAGCAGAGUCUGGCAAACACUGUGGGUACCACCAUUGACUCCGCAUGGACCAAACAGUUAUUACAGUCCAACACUGAUUUGUUUUCAGAGAUCCAGGAGGAUUUCUCAUCUUUGGAACAGCAGACGUCCAAUUUUGUGAUCCACCUGAGAGGUUUGGAUGCUUCUGAUAAGGAAAAGACAAGUCUGUGUUCGGAUCAGUCUGAGACCUCUCUCCCAAUAUCUCCCUCAGCAGUCCCAGUGUACACUGCUGUUCCACAACCUGUACAAUCACACUCUGACCCAGAAACUGACCCAGAACCCUCAGAACUCACACAGAAAUCCCACUCCAAAUUUUCCCCCUUCCACCUCCUGUGCGGGAUGAAGAGGAGGACAUCAGCGCUGUGAUUUGGACAAGUGUUGGACAUUUUUAUAGGUGCAGAAACCUGUGAUUCAAAGGAGAAAUGUUUUGAGGGGAAAUGUGGAUCUAAGAAUGUACCAUAUGUGUGUGUUUGAGAUGAGGUGAAUGAUUGUUUAGAUACACUAGAUCAGUGUUUACCUGUCCAUUUCUUAUUUUUUGUUCUAUUAUACCCCCACAGCCCUGUCAGUAUGGCUUAAGUACGUCUUUAUCGACACCAGACCUGAAAUUUGUUCCAUUUAACUCAUAUUACACUUGAUUUUCUUAAAAAGAAACUGAAUGUGCAGAACAACAACAAAAAUCAUGAGAAAUCAUAAUUAUUUGAACAUUUUGACAGCCCUAUUAUUUUUAAGUUGCAAUUUCUAACAAACCAAAAAGUACGAUGUUUAACAAAUCAAAAGCUAAGUCUUUUCAAGUACCUCAUCGGGACACUUAUGCCUGGUUGGGUAUCACUGAGCUAGAGUACGUAUGGAAUAAGAGUAAGAUUGAUAUAAAUAUACUGUAGUUAAUAUAUAAAUAUGCCAUUACGGCAAGUAUUUUUGUGACAGCCUGUUGAGCAGGUGCAAUGAAACACUUUAUGCACUUUGGAAUUUUCAUAUAUCACAUAUACUGUAUAGUUUUAAAAUACAGUAUACCUGAUGAUGUUAUCUGACCUACUGUGCCCCAAAAAGUAUUUGGACAUUAGAGCCACACUUAAAAUGCAUGAAUGUCAUUGUAAUAGAUAACAAAAUAUCAAACCAUCUACAAACAAAUAACGCAAUACCAUUUCCCACAACUAAUUUAGCUUUUCAGAGCCAUUUUUGCAAAGAAUUUGCAAAGAUUAACUGACGUCCCGGUGAUUUUUAGUGACUGUAUGAACCCAGUUCCCCUUCAUCUCUCACAGACGUCCCAGCAGAGUAACCAGAGGUGUAGUUCAGCACAUUAUUAAAAUGUUCCAAUAAUAUUUGACAACCAGAAAGCGUACAAAUACUAUUUGUCUACAUUUUGAACAAUAUAUCUAUUGUUUUCUGAUUUAGAACCUAGAAAAUGUUUUUGUUAUUCUUUCUGUCAAACAAAUGCCACUUGAAUCUAUAUUUGAUCUAACGCAGCGACAUUACUGCAUUUAGAAGUGUGGCUUACUCAUACAAAUGAAUUGUUUAUAUUUUGACUUGUGAUACUUGUAAAAUCUGUAAAUAAAACCAUAUGUUUCAUAUGCAUUUUUGAAACCAAUGUGAAGAGACAGUUAAAAACCAGUAUGAAAAUAAAGCCACAGAAUGAAAGUACAUGUCCAUUUUGGUCUAUGCUGGUUAUACAAUGUGGCCAUAAGAGGGCACAAUCCAAUCAAAAUAAGAGCUGUCUCCUUCACUAUGACUGCAUCCCAGUUCACAUAUGUUUACUAAAAUGCACUAAUAGUAUGUACUUCACUGGUGAUGAGAAAGUCCACACUUCUGAAUAAGUAGUUAGUAUGUCUCUACUAGCAGACUUUCAAGUCAUUGAAUUGUGAAACCACAGACCCCCUUGUCAAGUACUGUUUAUGUUAACAUGUAAGCAUUAAAUUCAUUACUGUAAAAUUCAUUAUUACUUACCUUCUAAGUUCGUACAUUUAAAAAAUUGCGGCAAUUGCGGUUUGUGGCAAUUUAGA